CAGACGUUUACAGUUGGUAGCUUCGCCAGAGAAAACCAAGCAGAUAUUAGAGAAGAGAUAGCAAGAUAGUUCACCUGUUAAACGGAACAAGAAAGUAAUGUCAGAAGACCAAAUUUUAGCAAACCAAACAACGGAAAUGAACCUUGGCGACAAUGAGUCACGGGUCGCUCAGUUUCAUGACCACAUUCGAGCAGCAAUAGCAGACGCAGUAGCAAAACGAAAGGGCUAUAAGAGCAGAAGUGGUAGCAAACGAAAGGGCCGCAAACGAAACCAGAAUUCGAGUAUUACAAGAAGAAUUAGAAAGACUAAGGAGCAAUUUUGAAGUAACGCAGCAGGCAAAAGAAGACGCGUAUCGAGCAUUCUGGCAAGAGACAAUAAGAAAACUUGAAGAAACCAGAAAAGAAACGCCAUUAAACGACAAAGUUGGGGACGGCAAAUUAAAAAUAAAAGAACCACCAACAUUCGCGGGAGGAGUAGACACACUUAAAAUUAUAGUAUGGGUUGACCAAUUGAAUGCCUAUUUCAAGUACGUAAGAGACACUGAGGAAAGGAAAACCGAAUACGCGGCUGGACUACUCACGGGACACGCCCGAUACUGGUACGUACAAUACAGGAAAACGCAAGGAGAAUACACACCACCGUGGGAAGAGUUCGAACAGGAAUUAAUAAAUACUUUCGGUAAUCAGGUGGAACAGCGGAACCUCGGCCAGUACUAUAUGGACAUGAGACAGACAGGGUCCGUCGAAGAUUUCAUUCAAAAGCGUACAGAGUUGCGCGUAAUAUUACCACACGAUCUCUACAUGUCGGAAAGUUUUGAAAUCCACAACUUCACGAGAGCCCUCAAACCAAGAGAAAAGGAAUAUGUAAUGGGAAAACUACCAAAGACCUUGGGAGAAGCCCACCAACACGCAUUAGACUACGAGAAGACCACUGGUAGAAACCAUACAAAUUCACAAAAGAAAUUCGGAACACCAAACUUCGGGUUUUUCAUUCCACCACCACAACAACGGAAGUUUGAUGAAGCGGUCCCUAUGGACCUCAACACAACCAAGACUGGUAGAAUGAGUAAAAUACAGUGUUAUAAUUGCAGACAAAUGGGCCAUAUAAGUCGCCAAUGUCCACACACAGGAAGAACCAAGCAAGUAAAUCUCACCGGAAUAGACGUGGACACUCCAGAAGACAAAAUGAUCACAGUACCAGUCAGAACAUAUGGAGAAGAAAGAAGAGGACUGCUAGACACGGGAGCUAGCGCAGAUUUCGUUGAUAAAAAAUUUGUAGAAAGAAAUAACGGUAAGAUGUAUGGUCACGUCGAUGACUAAAAAAAAAAAAAAAAAAAAAUUCUCUAUAAACAGCUUUUCUCAACUCAAGUUUAAAGUUGUUAUAUCGCAACCAAUUGGAACAAGUUGAAUUUCAAUACCAUCCCCAAAAGUAUUAUAGAUAUAGAUUCCUUGCUUACCGCCUUUUAUAUCUUUGUCACUUUAAGUUCAGCAUUAUGUUGGUCAUUCGUAGUGAAGAUUAUAUUCUUUCAAAGAAUAAUAGGCUCAGAAGGCAUUUUCUUAAUGUUCCUCUUAAACCUCUGUGCUGUGGUGCAGUGGUUUUUACUCUAUUAUUUGCGUUAUUUGGCUCAGUUGCUGGCCAAGCAGAACCAGGUCUUAGCUUAACCGAUUAUACCAAGUUUUAUAAUUUGGAUACCGGUGAUUUUAUCACAACCCCUAAAUACGAUUUGUCGAAUUUUGUUUUACAGAAACAUAAAAUAGGAGAGCGUUUUGUUUGGACUUGGGGAGCAACAAUAGUUGCAUGCAAAGUCUUAGAGAUAGUAGGAGGUUUAGCCAGUGCCGGUUGUACAAUAGCUACCGCUGCAGGAAAACUGAAUGUGAAUGGAAAAAUAGCUUGUGGAAUAGUAGGGGCUAUUGCACCUCUGGCAGGAGGAGUUCAUUGGUACGCUGGUGCGCAAGUUAGUAAAGCGGCUGCAAGAGUGGCGGCUGAACAGAUCAGAUUGGAUGAAGCUGCAAUAUGGUUGUCGGAAUACGUGCCGUCUGCUUAUGUUCGUAGGAAAAAUGAAAACCCAGGUCUAAAGAGCUUUAAGAAUAUGGUAGCAUUACCUCAUUCCAAUGCAGAUGUUUCAAGAAGAGGGUCAGACCAAUAUUCCGAAACUGGUGAUUUGGUUUCUGAUUCGGGAAUCAUUGGUUCUUAUAGAGGUAAAUAUACAUCAGGUGUUGUCAACAAGCGGGGUAUUGAAAAUACAACUGAUGUGUCUUUCGGGGUUAAGUUGGAGACUGGUGUAUAUGAAUUGACGGGUCACCAAGGUAGCGAGGUUAAACGUGGUUUGGGCGGAAGAGAUACUAGUUACUACGUAGGUGAAGACGGAGUAGUAGUAGAAAUCAAUGAAGAUGACAGUCACUGGUGGGAAUAUACCUACAACCAUUACGGCCAAGAUGCUAUGUAUGGCGUUGAAGCUGAUGUUGGGGGUAAAUACCAAGACACUAACGGUUUGGGAAACUGGUCGAUGAUGUCGGAUACGAUAUGGGCUAUGUUGAUAAAGCUGGUUCCUGCGUCUGUUUUCAAAACAAUGGUGAAUGGGUGUCAACUGGGACUUUGACGGAGAGUGAAGAUGGUUGGAUUCAAAGUAUAAGUCCGCAAUGCUGGGAAGCCAAUUGCGGAGGGGCUUAACGGCCAACAACUUAAAUACAUAAACUGUUUGAGGAAUUACCUCACAUUUAAAUAAAAUGUUCUCUCAAAUACAUAAAAUUAAGAUAUAUAAAGAUAGAAAAUAGCUAAAUAGAUAUAAAAUAUUUAAAAACAUAUGCAUGUAA